AUGGAAUUAUGGUUCUAUCUUGUAGCAUCAAUAUCUCUCUACAUUUUUCUUCAUGCCCUUCUCACCAUCAUCAGAAACAAAAAGUUACCACCAAGCCCUCCAACCAUACCCUUCCUAGGCAACCUUUUCUGGCUCCUCAAAUCCUCAAACAAUUUCGCUGCCCUUGAACCAGUCCUUCACUCCCUCCGUGCAAAGUACGGCAACAUUGUCACCAUCCACAUUGGCUCCAACCCUUCCAUUUUCAUCACAACCCACGAAGCCGCGCAUAGAGCACUAGUAAAAAAUGGCACCGUUUUCGCUAGUCGCCCCACAGCUGUUCAAACCAUCCAAGUAUUCUUCCCUAACCAGCACGUCGUCAGCAUGUCCCCUUACGGCGCUGUAUGGAGGGUACUCCGCCAGAAUUUCAUGCAAGUGAUUCAGCCUUCGCGUCUGGAUUCAUUUUCUCACUGCCGCAAGUGGGCAUUGGAUGGAAUCAAGAAAAGUAUCUUAACAGACAUAGAAUCAGGCAACAAAGAAAUUCCAAUCAAUGAUUAUUUGAACUUUGCAAAAUACGUUCUGCUCAGUUACAUUUGUUUCGGGGAGAAUUUUGAUGAGGAAACCGUAAAAAACAUUCAGAGGGUGCAACAUAGUCUGGUUCACAAUUUCAUCAGGUUCAAUGUGGUAAACUUCGUACCAAUUUUGUCUAAAAUUGUGUUUAGAAAGCUCUGGAGAGAGAUUUUCCAGAUUCGUCAUAAUCAAAUGAGUUUGAUGCUUCCUAUUAUUAAAGCACGACAAGAGAAAAUUAAAAGUGGAGCUGAAACAGAGUUUGAGGCGUAUGUGGAUACUCUUUUUGAGAUAGAACUUCCUCAUACUGGGAAAAAGCUGAAUGAUGAAGAGUUGGUUAGUUUAUGUUCUGAGUUUUUACUCAGCGGCACUGAUACAUCAGCUGCCUCAUUGUCAUGGGUUAUGGCGAAUUUAGUGAAGUACCAAAACGUUCAAGAGAAAUUGUUUGAUGAAAUUACUCAAGUUGUGACACCUGGUGAGGACAUUGAGAAGGAGCAUUUGAAGAGAAUGCCGUAUUUGCAUGCUGUGGUGUUGGAAACGUUCCGGCGGCAUCCACCGGGGCACUUUAUAUUGCCUAGAGCUGUGACGGAGGAGACUGUUAUAGAUGGUUAUAGGAUACCGAAGAAUGCGAUGGUGAAUGUUCUUGUGGCAGAGUUGGGGCGUGAUCCAAAUGUGUGGGAGGAUCCAAUGGAGUUUAGGCCUGAGAGGUUUUUGAAGGAUGGUGACAAGUUUGAUUUAAAGGGGUUUGCUGAGAUUAAAAUGAUACCGUUUGGUGCAGGGAGGAGAGUUUGUCCUGCAAUUUCUAUGGCAGUGCUUAAUGUUGAGUACUUUGUGGCUAACAUGGUGAGGGAUUUUAAAUGGACAGUUGAAGACGGGUGUGAGGUUGAUCUGAGUGAGAAGGAGGCUUUCACUAUUGUGAUGAAGAAUCCACUGCGGGCAUGUGCGUCUCCAAGGAACACUUGAAAUUGAUUUAGUUUGUCCUUGUUCAGUGUCUUAUGCCUGAUUUUAUGAGUAG